AUGCGUCAGAUAUUCUUUUUUCUUGCCAUUAUUGUCUCAGCAAUUUUGAGUUUUGCGGGACUCAUUGUAAAUCUCUUUAUUGCAGUGGUCAGUUUUCGGACUUGGCUCAAAAGCCCCAGAAUCUCCUCUUCAAAUAGGAUCCUCUUCAGCUUGGGCGUCACCAGAUUUCUUACGCUGGGACUGUUUCUACUCAACAUCAGUUACUUCUUCAUCUCUCCAAAUGUGGAAAGGUCAGUGCACUUAUCUACUUUUUUCCUGUUGUGUUGGAUGUUUUUGGACUCAAAUAGUCUCUGGCUUGUCACCUUGCUCAAUGCCUUGUACUGUGUGAAGAUUACGGACAUGCAACACGCGGUAUUUCUCCUGCUGAAACGAAAUCUCUCCCCAAAGAUCCCCAGGCUCGUGCUAGCCUGUGCGCUGAUUUCUGCCUUCACCACUCUCCUGUGUGUGGCGCUCAGACAAAUAUCGUGCUUUCCCGAAUUUGUGCCUGGGAGGAAUGGUACAGGAUGUGACAUCAACGAGGGCGUCUUGUCUUUGGUGAUCUCUUUGGUCUUGCGCUCGUUUGUCCAGUUCAUCAUUAAUGUGACUUCUGCUUCCUUGUUAAUUCAUUCCUUGAGGAGACAUAUACAGAAGAUGCAGAAAAACACCACUCUUUUUUGGACUCCCCAGACUGAAGCUCACCUGGGCGCUAUGAAGCUCAUGAUCUGUUUCCUCAUCUUGUACAUUCCCUACUCGCUUGCUUCUCUGCUACAUUAUUUCUCCUUUGUCAGGAUGGAUUUGGGAGCCAGAUCCAUCUGCAUGGUAAUUUCCACCAUUUACCCUCCAGGACAUUCUGUUCUCAUUAUUCUCACACAUCCUAAACUGAGAACAAAAGCAAAGGCGAUUCUUUGUUUCAACAAGGAGUAG